CUUGUCUGACACGCAUCCAUGGUCGCAGGGAAUUCUAUUAAAGGGAGCUUACUGGGGACAUCAAAUGCUUUUGCCACAGCGGUUACCACACUUGAAUCAGAAUGGCAGCUUUGUCAUAUCGCGGGGUACAUAAAUUGGCGCAGUUAUCAUCAUGGAACACAAUCAGACGUCAGUUAAGCAUUUCCUCACCAAAGAUGGUGCAGCAAAUGACAGUGAGAGAUGCACUUAAUUCUGCUAUGGAUGAGGAGUUGGAAAGAGAUGAGAGGGUGUUCAUUCUUGGGGAAGAGGUUGCACAGUAUGAUGGUGCCUACAAGGUGACUCGAGGUCUGUGGAAGAAGUGGGGUGACAAAAGAGUUAUUGAUACACCCAUUACAGAAAUGGGAUUUGCUGGAAUUGCAGUUGGUGCUGCCAUGGCUGGACUGCGACCCAUUUGCGAGUUCAUGACUUUCAACUUCUCAAUGCAAGCUAUUGAUCAUGUAAUAAACUCUGCAGCCAAGACAUUCUAUAUGUCUGCAGGCACUGUGCCUGUUCCCAUCGUGUUUCGUGGGCCUAAUGGAGCUGCAUCAGGAGUGGGAGCACAACACUCACAGUGCUUUGGUGCCUGGUACAGUAGCUGCCCUGGCCUGAAGGUUGUGUCACCUUACUCUGCUGAGGACUGCCGUGGGUUGCUGAAGACUGCAAUCAGAGAUCCUGAUCCAGUUGUGUGUCUCGAGAAUGAAAUCUUAUAUGGUCACACAUUUGAAAUUCCGGAUGAAGCAUUAAGCAAAGAUUUCGUCAUUCCUUUCGGAAAGGCUAAGAUUGAAAGAGAAGGUUCCCACAUCACUUUAGUUGCUCAUUCAAUUGCUGUGGGCAAGUGUCUGGAUGCUGCCAAAGAGCUAGCUGGGAAAGGCAUUGAGUGUGAGGUUGUGAACCUUCGUUCACUGCGUCCACUGGAUGAAGAAACAAUCAUUAAAUCAGUGGUGAAGACAAACCACUUGGUGACUGUAGAAGGAGGCUGGCCUCAGUGUGGCAUUGGUGCAGAGGUCUGUGCACGAGUCAUGGAAAGUGCAGCAUUCAACUACCUUGAUGCCCCUGUCCUACGCGUGACCGGUGCUGAUGUUCCCAUGCCAUAUGCCAAAUCACUGGAAGAACGAGCAUUGCCUCAAGUCUUCAAUAUCAUCACUGCUGUGAAGAAAUCGCUCAAUCUUCCUUGACCUUAUGUGCUUAUAGCUGAUAAAUAGUGGCUGGCAGGCAGCCGAUAAGGUAGAUGAAAAUCAUAACCAUCUUUUGAGUACAGGUAUCAGAAUCUUGAGUGCAUGACAUGCAUGGGGUUUCCUUUGUACUACCAUGUGUGGAGAAAGAAUAAAAACAGCAUUUAAAAAAACUAUGCAUGUUAUAUCACUGUAAAUUUCCUGCAGUCGAAGUGAGGCAAAACAUGCAAAAUUAAAAUAGCUCAAUUACUGAAGCCACAUUAACCACUAGAAAUUGUUAUUUUGUGCUUAAAAAUAUUUUUUCCCUAAUACUCACUUUUAUUUGCUGGUAACAGUAGACACUAGCACUUGUUUGUCAAUGAAACUUCUGGGAGAGUUUUCUGAUUUAAAAACUUCUUUAGCUUGAUGCAUUGUGUAUUGUACAGAGCUGGUUCAUAGCAAUCUAAUUAAGUACAUUUUGCUUAAUCAUGAUUGAGAACAAUUAACAACACAAUCAGUGUAAUGCUACACCACAAAGCACAAGAUGCAAAUCAUGGUUUAUCCAAGUUUCAUACAUGGAAUCCCAUUUUUGAAAUUAUGUGUUACAGGUUGUUUUUGUUCACUUUGUUGUUACACUGUUCUUGGAUAUGAAUGAUCUGAUGCUUUGGGAAGCUGAUAUGUGUUCAGUGUGCAUGGUUAACAGAUAAGAACAUGAAUCAACAUGCCAGACUGUCUUAGAAAGUAAAGAAAUUUGUUUUAUAUGAUUAUGCAAUGAUUGAUAUUUGGAAAAGUUUCAGGAUACUUCCUGUUAUGAAGAAAAUCUUUGUCAUUUGAAACAGCAGGCAAGCUCAAACUAGAGAAGUGCUUUAGAUUGCUGAUUCAUCUUGCCAGUGAAAUGCUCCAAGGAAUAUAGCAGCUCCAUAACAUAUGUAUAGGGCUAAUUUAAAAAAACUAGUGUUGAUUCUUCAGGUAGAAAAGCAUCUUUUUUUCUUGUCAUGUUUUACCCAUGGCAAACUGAUACAAGAAAUGUUUAAAUCUAUUAAACCAUCUUGAAUGGAAAGAUUGAGGUGACAGGUUCUAGUUCGCUCUCUGGAACUGAAGGAAAUAGUUUGCAUAAAAGCUUUUAGUCAAAGCUGAACUUUAAUAAACACAGUGACUUUGGGUGAAUGGAUGAAGCUGGGGCCUUAGUUUGAUAUUUGAAGUAAAGCACAUUUUUUUUUCUGAGUUGCCUGCUUGUUUGUGGGGUAUUUUUGAAGAGAGGGGUAAUUAUGUAUUUUUUGGGAGAGAAGUUCCUACUGUUUUGAGUGCAAGUGGAAUAAUUUGUGAAAUAGUUAACUUUUGUAUAUUUUUGUCAUCUGAUGUACUGUUUCAGUGGAUAAAAAUACUCCAACAGUAGUGCUUGUGUAGAGUUUUCUCUUCAUUUGAUUUAGUCAGCCUUCCUGAACAUUUUUAUUGGUAACUUCUUACAGAUUGGAUGCAAGAGUUAUAGUCCAAUUUAAAAGAAAAAUAAAGCACAUUUGAGAUUUC